GCAUUUCGCAUUCGAACUGCGCCACGGUCUUGAACAGUUUUGUUUCAGCUUUCGACUGAUCAAUUGAUCGUUCUAUUUAUCUUUUCACAUGCGUAUAAUCUAGUAAACGUGGUCUCUUGUCUAUUGAAGAGAGGGUAGAACUACAAAGCAGUAUAAUCGUUUUGGCUAAGUUAUUUCGUUUAUUUCGUUUAUCGAAGUUACUCGUAUAUUCUUCUCCUAGUUGUUUCUUACCAUAUUUUACUGUGCCUUUCCAUCUUUUGCGAAACUCGCUUUUAAGACUCCCAGAGAAAGAGCACUUAGUCAUACCAGAAAGGCAACCGAGACCAUCUUAGAUUUUGGAUUUCUAAAAAGGACCGAUAGCCUCUUGGGAAUGGAUUCUCAACCAUCCAUUGUUGCCGAGAAGGCAAGCCUUACUAGAAGACCAGUUCCUCGCCCAGCAGAUGAGGCUGGUCCUAGUAAUCCAUCCCCGGUAGCAGAACUUGCAGCCAAUAUUCCAGCAGGGCUUCCGGGGGGACUUCCGGCUGAGCUACCAGCCGAUGACCUUACAGACAACGCCCAACAUCAUAUGCCACCACCUUAUUCAAGCCCUUCAGAUAAUACGUUAGAUCCUCAAUUACCAAGAGGCCCACAAUACUAUCCCGGCCUUCCUGUCCUAGACUAUCGUCAGUACUCGCCGCCUAUGUUUGAGCUAUCGACAGAUACCACAACUAUCACCAGUAAGGCCAAUUAUCUUUCUGAAAACCCGAAAGCGUUGGCCUCACUGCUGCGGUCCCUGGCUACUGUGCCACCGAAACCCCAAGUCUUGAUCCAAGGACAACAUGACCGCAAAAUCAACUUCAGUCUCAAAUUGAAUCUUAUGAAUUUAAUGGUCUCGAACGAUCCUAAUAAUCGUUUCGACUAUCUCCGGUGCGUCGGCAAGGACGAGAUGGCCCUACGCGGAGGAAACGAGCCAGGACUGAAACCCGAUUUUGGUAUGGAUAAUGGGUUGGAGGCGUGGUGCGAUCGGUAUGUGAAGGACUCAGCAUCCAUCAAAACAUUCACACUCGAGCGCGUCGUAGCAAACCUCGACACGGCCUGGAUAGAAGGCCAAAUACGGAGCCUCGUUGCGUCCACGGAUUAUAAAGGCCAGGUCACAGUGCAGUUUCCCGUUUCACACGCUAAGGUCGUCAUACAAAACCCGGAUAAACACAACAAAUUCUUAACGAGCGUCACGUCACUAUUCUCCAGUAAAAGCAAGUACGAGGUCGUUAAGGCUGUGUGGCCGUUUGCUUCAGCCAGGAAUGGCGAGCCUGGACGAAGAUGCGUGGUACAGAAUGAGAAGACAUGGUGGGAAGAAUGGCGCGAUCCUAUCAAAUACGGUAUUGCGACGAAACGUCAGGGCUGGGUUACGAAUGAAGAUAAACUGGAAUGUAUAAUGGAAGGCAAAGCGAAAGGCAUUUCCCUAGUGGACUGGGGUCCGAGUUUCUAGAUAUGAGUAAUAUAACUGGAGAUAUCCCUCCUGCUUAGAGGUAAUUAUGUAGGUAAAAUACCUAAUUGGUAAUUGCAAGGUAGCAGCAUGUUAUUUAGAGUACAAUUGUAGAUUGAGC